AUGACAGUUGGUCCUGAAACAGAAGACUCAGUAUUUGGUUUUGGAAUACCAUCGUUGGAGGCGUUGGGAAUCGAGAAAUUAGAAAGCGAGAACCACGCCGCCCACCUACAUCGUCCUGACACACCACCUGAUUCACCAGAGCCAGAUGAAAAUGUUGCCAGAAUGGAUGCAAAUAUACAGAGAGGGAAAGAAAAUAUCGCCCAUGUAGAUGUUAUCACUGAAUUUUUCCGAAAAUAUCCCCAAGCAAACAAUUCUUUCGCAGCAAUCAUGGAUCUAUACAGUGACAGACAUUUGGAGGAAUUAUUGCGAAGGAUUGAAGAAGAUAACUUACAUGAGGGUGAUCCUAUGAAAAGGUUCAUUUUGAUUUACAAUUUCUAUAAAGCUAGGGAAGACUUUGAAAGCGAUAAAGAUAUUUUGAUGAAUGCAUGCCUCGCUCGUAUAGAUGCAGGUGAACCGAUAUUAUAUUGA